AUGGCGACCUUCAUUACCGUUUCCAGACGUCCCAUUAUGGGUAUGCCUUUUGGUAUACCUUUUCUUCUGCCUUCAUACGAGCCUGUCUCUCUGGAGUCGCGUCGGAAUCAAUCUUCCUACAGGCGCACCAAACAACGUCUACGCAUCAAGCCAGAUGCUUCCUUUGGCUUGUCCUCGGAUAAAAGCCACAGCCAUAUUGUCUACAACCCUCCGUCGAGUUCACCAUCUGUGUAUCACACCCCUACGAAAUUCCUUCCCGCCAACGACGCUCGACGAAGUCUUCGCGCUGAUAACUAUGCCAAUGCCCCAGCGGUUGAAGAACUCCCUUCUGUGUUCAAGUCAGAAGCGGAGAAGAAAUAUCAUUUAACUCCGUCAGACGUAACUGAGAUCCGCAAGCUCCGAUUGAACGACCCGAUGACUUGGAGCCGAGGCAAACUGGCGAAACGCUUCGAUUGCUCUCCUUUAUUUAUCGCCCAAGUAUGCCAGACAAGUCCACAGAAAAAGGAAAUUCAGAAGCAAGUUUUAGAGGCAGUACAGUCAAGAUGGGGUGCGAAGCGCCGGAUGGCGAGGGAAGACCGCAAGCUGCGGAAAGAGUCUUGGGGACGAGAUGAAUGA